AUGACCGGUCGCUCUAGCAAAGUUGUCAAGGCCGGAGCCAAAAAGAAGUCCAAACCGAUCGCAUCUUCAUUGCCAUUAGAUGAGCUGAAAGUGCUGGCCAAUGAAACACGGCUUCAAACUGGAAAACUCAACAACAUAGUUACGCUGUUACAACUGGCUGAAACUUCAUCUAAUGUCGAAUCAGCUACGGCCUGCAUCAUGUAUCUCGACAUUAUCUUCGCCAAGCUCUUACCCGACUUGAAGACAGCCUCUGCCUCUCCAGCCGGCGCAAACCUACAAGUCAAUCAGUGGCUUAAAGAAAACUACAAACUGUAUUUGGAUCUACUCAUUGUGCUUCUCUGCCGAAAAAAGGCUAUUUACCAAACACUGAGCUGGAAGCUUCUUGUGAAGGCCCUAAGCCUGGAAACCGAGUUAUCCAGUAAUCUGUCAAACUAUGUCUUUCCGAAUGAUCUCAUGAUGAGAAUCGUGCAGACUUUUUUGUUUCACUCAGCACCAAGCUCAGAACUCGUCGACGCUAUAGCUGAAACGGCCAAUGAGUUCGACGAUGUCCGAUUUUACCUGUAUCGUGAUCUUUCACGAAAUUUAAGUCGUUAUACAUCCCAAGAAUCAGCAUUAAAGGGAAACGUUUUGAUUAAUCCAAAGUUCCUCAUCGAGCUGAUGGCCCGUAUUAAGCCCCUGCCAGCUGAAGGUGAUAUCAAUGUCCUUUGUACAAAGUUUAAAGAAUCCGCAAAAUCCAUACAGAGUCAUUCAGCACACAAGAAACUGUUUGGAGAAUGCUGGUUAGCAUUGCUAAGAGUCCCGAUGGAUGAGGACCAUCACAAGCUGGUUCUGCAGACCUUCCAUUUGCAUGUCAUACCCAACAUGCACGAACCAGUUUUGUUGGUGGACUACCUCACUGAUUUGUACAGCUCAGGUGGCAUUGUCAGUGUGCUGGCUCUCAAUGGUCUAUUUCUCCUGAUAUCAAAACACAACCUGGAUUAUCCAAACUUUUACAAGCAGCUAUACGCUCUGGUACAACCCGAAAACUUUAGAGUAAAGUAUUGGUCAAGGUUUUUCAGAUUACUCUCUACCUGUUUGACUUCCACACAUGUGCCAGCGUACUUGAUUGCUGCAUUUGCGAAGCGGCUCGCUCGAGUUUCUUUGGCAGUUCCUCCUGCUGCUGCCAUGGCGAUCGUAGCCCUGAUCUACAAUUUACUCAGAAGUCAUCCGUCUUGCAUUGUGUUGGUCAACAGAAUUUCCUCACACAACACUGGUGUCGAAGACAAAUACGACCAUAAUGAAACAGACGCGGCCAAAUGCAAUGCUCUUGAAAGCAGCUUAUGGGAGAUUCACGCCCUGAGAAGGCAUUACUGGCCUGAUGUAGUGAGACUGGCUUCCAUCCUGGAAUCUAGUCUGACAAAGGAAGCCUACGAUAUCGAUGAGUAUAUUAACCGGAAUCUCACGAUCGAGUCAUAUCAACGUAAAUCUUUGAAAGAAGAAUUAGUUGUCGAGCAAAUGCGACAACCUCAACAAGCUGCGUUUGAUGAAACGACAUGGAAGGGAUGGGCCUUGUGA